CGCCGCCGCCGUCGGAGCGCGCGACCGCCGAGGGCUCCGAGGACGCGCCCGCGGCCGAGGGCUCCGAGGACGCGACGGCGGCCGAGGGCUCCGAGGACGCGACGGCGGCCGAGCUUCAGGGCUGGAAGGCCCUCCUCGACGAGGGCCUCAUCGACGACAUCGACUACGCGGCGAAGGCGGCCGAGAUCCGGGACCGCGACGGCGCGACCGACGUCGCGUCUGGGGACGUCGAGCCCAUGGCGCUCGCGAGCGACGCCGACGACGCCGCGGCGACGGGCGACGCCGCGGCGCGCGAGUCGUCCCUCCACGCGCUGCUCCGCGAGCUCGACGGCUUUUGCACGGUCGCGGAGCGGACGAAGCCGUCGGCGACCGAGGGCGAGGCGGUGAGCUGCUGCGACGGGCUCACGGUCUCCCGCUUCGCCUCCGUCGUGCACAAGCUCGCCGAGGCCGUCGUCGCGGGCGUGCCGACGGCGGACGAGGCCGAGGACCUGCUCAAGGUCUUCUCGCGCGUGCGGGCGCUCGGCGUCGUCGAGCACGACCGGCUCCACGGCGUCUUCCACGUGCUCCACCUGGUGCUCAAGCAGGACUUCGAGUUCCAGGGCCGCGCGCUCGUCCAGGCGCGGAACCUGACGAAGGUCGGCCCGAGCGGCGCGGAGGCCGGCCAGGAGGUGCGCAAGAAGCUGCACCACGUCCGCGUCCGCCUCGCGGGGACGUUCCUCGCGCUCCUCGCGGCGUUCUACGCCGACGAGGCCUACCGCGAGCGCUUCGAGGCGCUCUCCCGCGACGCCUUGGGCAAGGUCGCCGCGGGCCAGUUCCUCUCGCUCAUCGUCGACUACCUCUCCAGCGACGGCGGCGGCGGCGAUCGACAC